AUGGAGGCCCUCGAAGCAGCCUUGGAAGCCGCGUGCUCGGAGAGGAAGAUCCCUGGUGCCGUGUUGGCAGCCUGCGAUAAGUCGGGCAACUUCAACUAUGCGAAAGCUUUCGGAGUUCGAUCACUUGAAGAUGGCAAGCAAGCACCUCUCGAAUUGGACAGCAUUUUCGCAUUAUUCAGCUCCUCGAAGCUAGUUACGACAAUCGCUGUCCUGCAACUUGUGCAGAACGGCCAAGUAAGCUUGGACGAUGAUGUGGCCAAAAUUCUGCCAGAGAUUGCCGCACAGCAGAUCUUGUUAGGCAUGGAAAAUGGAAAGCCGGUAUUUACCAAGCGACAGAACCCUAUUACAUUGCGUCACCUUCUCACGCACUCCUCGGGCCUUGCCUACACAUUUAUGUCGCCGGCUUUGCAAGAAUAUCAGACGUCCCUCGGCGUGGCAGGGCCUCCCAGAAACGUGGUAGAGAGCUACAACCUACCACUUGUUUUUGAACCUGGAACGUCAUGGAAGUACAGUACCGGGCUAGAUUGGGCCGGUCUCCUGGUCUCGAGGCUCGCAAAGGUUGACCUCGAAAGCUACUGCCAGGCCAACAUCUUUUCGCCACUUGGCAUCACGGACAUGACUUACUGGGCCAAGAAGAAUCCAGCACUGGUGCAGCGAGUGGCUAGCAUGAGCAUCCGAGAUCCUGCUGAUCCCCAGGGUAAAGCCCAAGCUUAUUCUGGACCGGACAUGCAUUCCGCAGCUGAGACGGAGAUGGGUGGGCAAGGCCUUUACGCCUCAAUGCCCUCGUACCUGAAGGUCUUGCACAGCAUCCUCGUUGAUGACGAAAAGCUACUCAAGAAGGAAACGACGGCGAUGAUGUUUCAACCACAGCUUACCGAGGACAGUCGUGCCGCACUUCAGGCACUCUAUGCGAGUCGUCCGACAAGAGGGCCCUGUGCAAUCGGUCGUUUCCCACCGGGUGUCCGAUAUGACUGGGGGCUAGGAGGACUCUUGACCAUGGAGGAUGUCGACCAAGAGGGUGUCACUUAUAGAAAGAAAGGAUGCUUGAAUUGGAGCGGCAUGCCAAACUUGUUCUGGUUCCUCGACAGGGCCUCCGGAGUGUGUGGUAUUUAUGGCGGCCAGAUAAUGCCGUCAGGAGAUGCACAAGCUCAAGAGAUGAUUCACCUUUUUGAGAAGACCAUGUAUGAGCAGGCCGCUUCGAAGACCAAGAUCUAA